CUUUUACUUUUGAAGGGUGAACAGUUGGAUGAAGUUCAUCAACAGUAAACUUGUAAUUUAUUUCUUAGUUCCAAUUUCGCUCAGUUGGUUCCACGCAGUGAAAUGUAACGAGAAUGUAACUGAAACCCAAACAACAACUACAAGAAAAACGUUCAUAGAUGCGAAUACUUUUGACGCGAAUGUGGGAGUUUUGCCUACGAACCAAACUCAAUUUCAAUUUAUACGUAAGAACUUACGAAAGUUUGCUGGACAGUUCCGUAUGAGAGUUAGGUGCACCUUAUGGGGUUGCCGUGAUGUAAACGCUAUUGAAUUGCCGGAGUUAGUGCAAUCUGCUCAAGCAGAGGUGAUGGGAUCAAAUAAAAGGCCAAUGCUUUUCAAAAUAAGACAACUUUUGAGAAAAAAGGCAAAGGAAAAUAAUUAAAAUCGUUCUUAGAAUACUUUGGG